AACAAAUUUUCGAUAAGAUCGUAAAAGCCGCACUGAAAUUAAUAUUUGCAUACUAUUGGGAACGCAAACAUAAAUGUUGUGGCCUUGUCUCAAGCAUGUAAGGUUCUUGUUUUUUGCACAUUCUGUUUCAAACAAAGUUAAGAGAUUUAGAACAACAGCAAGGGUCAUUCUACAGCCUAUUCAGUUUCACCAAUACAUGAUUAACUAUUUCGGUAUUGACUACCUUGAAGAAAUGAUUGACCGAUAUGUGAAUUCAAAUUGAGUCAUUAAUCAUGCAAUUGAUUGCAAUCAAAGUUCUCAAACCACUCGAUAUUUCAAAUGCACUCAAAGACCCAUUUUUCAACUGUCUGACAUUCUUUUAAGGUCCAACACCGAACCUCCCAGUAUUUUGCCAAUUCCGCUUUUCCUCAUUCAAUCAUUGAGGUUUCAAAGGUUGUCGUGACAGGGUCAACCCCGGACGAAAUAAUGCCCACUGAAGGCAUCAAGGCCGCAAUUUCCCCGAAAACCUCUCCCACUUCCUCAUCUUCGUUUUGGCAUGAAGCAGACUUGAUUACCAAUGGAGGAGCAAGAGGAACAACAACAGCAAUGACAACAGCAACAACAACAGGAGGAGAAGGAAGGACUUCAAAAAAGACCGCACUUGAUUAUGGCCCAUCCGGGUUCCAACUCGAGGAAAACGAUUUGAUCCAAGCUCCACCUCUGCCCUCUUUGUCCCUAUGGGGACGGUUGUUUUUCAACCACUUCCAGGUCUUUCUCCCCAAAGAGCGAACCGCCGGCUUGUCUUCCGACGAGGUUCCACAACUCGCCGACGAAUAUACGGCCUCAGUUUUGACUUCCCUUUGGAUUCAAAACCAAAAAUACCUAACACCCAAAUCCUGGUUCAAAAGUGACACGUUACGUUUGAUCUUGAAAUUGAAUCAAGGCAGUCUGAUCCUCAGUGGGGCCUUGGAACUAGGACGGAUCCUCUUCUCGCUACUUGUUCCCAUGUCUUUGCAACAAGUGAUCCAUUACAUUGACGUGGCCGACCUCGAAGACCAGGGGUUCCCGUUUCAUGGCAUUUUCUAUGCCCUGAUCCUUGUUGUCGUUAGCUUUCUUGGAUCGCUUUGUGAGACUCAUGCCUUCUUCCAACUCAACAUGGCUGGCAUGAAUACUAAGACAGCUCUGGCCGCGGCAGUAUUCCGGAAAUCACUGCGACUCAAGAGUCCCAAGGACAGUGACGUGGUUAAUCUGAUCUCCGUGGACACGGUGUUCCUUCAAAAGGCUCUCCGUUUCAUUCACCUCCCUUGGGCAUGUCCACUGCAGAUGUUAUUGUCAGUUCUUUACCUUUAUUCUAUCCUCGGAGCCAGUAUCUUCCCAGGGUUGACGGGUUUGUGCCUGAUUCUGUUGGUCAGUCUGUUCCUCUCGCUCCGGAUGAAGGAAUGCCAAUGCAACCAACUCAAGCGGAAGGACGAGAGGCUCAAGAAAGUGGUCGAGGUCCUGAACCACUUAAAAGUCAUUAAGUUUCAAGUCUGGGAAAGGACCUUUGAACGAUCAGUUCAGGGCUUGAGGGAGCAUGAACUGGAAGCGUUGCGAGAGUUUCUUUUGAUCCAGGCAUUUCAAAGCUUCAUGUGGAAUUGUGCCAUCUUCCUUGUAGCCUUUCUGUCGUUCGCCAGUUAUGCCCUGAUGAAUUCUGACUCCUCGGAGAACAAACUCACAGCGACCACGGCCUUUGUUUCUCUGGCCAUUUUCAACAACAUGCGAAAUCAGUUCCGCUUAUUCCCCAGCGGCAUUGCAUCCUGGUCUCAAGGCUUCGUGUCCUUGGACAGAAUGGACGAGUUCCUUGCGUCCACUGAACUUCCAGCGUUGGAUCAACAACCAGAUCGGAUCAAGGACGACCGGAAUGGCAACAUCAAGAUUCAACCGGGGGAAGUAGCCAUCCUGGCUCGCAAGUGCUCCUUUGCCCGGUCAGACGUCAAAGAUGCCAAUCUGUGUUUGGAGAACAUCAAUCUAUCCAUUCUGAAAGGGGAGCUCAUUGGGGUAAUCGGGCCGAUGGGUUGUGGGAAGAGUACACUCAUGGAGUCUCUCUCCGGGGAGCUCUACAAAGUCCAUGGACAAUUAGAGAUGAGUGAGCGAACCCUUCUGGUGGCUAAUUCACCUUGGUUGCGAAGCGGAACCAUUAGGGACAACAUCCUGUUGGGCUCAAAUUACGUCAAGCACAAUUACGACAAGAUUGUCGAGGCUUGUGGCCUCACACGAGAUUUUCAAGGAGCUCCAGAUGGUGACCUCACCUGGGUUCAUGGGAAUGGCGAUAAUCUAAGUGGUGGACAACGCCAGAGAAUCAACUUGGCGCGAGCAGUACAUCAAAAAUGUCCAAUCUACUUUCUGGACGAUCCCCUCUCGGCGGUGGAUCCGAAAUUGAGGAAAGCUAUCUUCAAGGAUGUCAUUAGCAAUGAGGGACUGCUACGACGGAAAACCAGGGUCAUGAUCGUCAAUGACUACGCCAUGGUGGCGAAGAUGGACAAGCUCAUACUGAUGCAAAAUGGCACCAUUGUCGACUUUGGUCGACUAGACAUUUUGGAACAACGACACAAUCUGGAUAUGGAGGUCUGGCAAUCUCUUAAGGCUAUGGACCCCCUCGAGGCUGAAGAAGACAAGGACGUGAUUAAACCUAAGCCAAAGCUGAUGAAAAGACAAGACACUAUCAGCAUCUUGAGAUCGGUUCAAACCAGUGGCUUUGACAAUUUGGACGACAUGUGCUACGAGAGUGUCUCCAAGGACAAUUAUAUGUUUUACUUGAAGAAUUUGGGAUAUGUUGGGUCUCUUGUAGGCAUUACUUUUUACGUGGCUUGUCAGGUUUUCGAGGUCAGCACCAAACUAUGGUUGGCACGAUGGACAUCGGAGGAGCAAUCAAACCUUCGGGCUGCAACGUCUGAAACUAGAGAGGACAAUUUCAUUCUCGUAUACGGAUCAUUGGGUCUGCUCCAAGCCUUCAGCUAUCUUGGUGCAGUGCUCCAGAUCAAUAACGCAACAAUCGGGGCUUCAUCAAUGAUCCACAAUUCCGUAUUUCACAAAGUCGUGUACAGUACUAUCGACUUCAUUUGGUCUACACAGGUUGGUGCUGUGGCUAAUCGGUUCUCUCGUGACUUGAACGAGCUUGAUGUGAUCUUGCCCAGUACUCUCAAAAGUUUUAUAUUUCAAUGCAUGCGGAUAUGUGGAACUGUCUUCAUAGUUCUUUUCACUUUCCCCAGCAAUGUAUUUUCUACGGUCCCGCUUAUUGUUGGUAUCUUAUGCAUCUUCAAAUUUUACAUACAUAUAUCAAGGGUGUUUCGGCGUUUGUCAUCCGCCACCAUGGCCAGUCUCAAUGGGUUUAUCACAGAGAACGUCAGUGGCGUGGCAUCAAUCCGGACCUUUCGCAAUCAGCGCCAAGUACUGGAUCUGAGUUUGAAUGAGAUCAACGCUCAUCAGAAGAAUUGCUACAUGGAAAUGGUCUCGGAUUGUUGGCUUUUCGUCCGCCUUCAAGUUAUCACUACCGUCUUCAUUGCGUCUCUUUCCAUGUUCAUUAUCUGGAACCGCCAUGAUAUUACUUCCCACAUGGCCGGUUUGUGCCUCACCUCGGCUAUCAUGAUCAUGUCCGACGUUUUCCUAUUUACAAGGUACGCGGCUGCCUUGGAAAAAUCCAUGGUGAGCGUGGAACGGCUCCAAGAGUAUCAGGAUAUUGAACAGGAGUAUGAUGGGCUCUACUCAGACAAAAGUUUCUCGAUAGCUCCGAAAACUGUCAAGGCAGGCGGACAUCUGACUUUUCAUCGUCUCUCGGGGCGAUAUCCCGGUGAAGGUCAAGUGUGUAUUAAAGAUGUUUCCGUGGAUAUCCGACCGGGUCAGAAAGUCGGAAUAGUGGGUCGAACUGGAGCAGGAAAAUCAAGCAUUGCCCUUCUUUUAUAUCGGCUUAUUGAAAAGCUCGAUGGAUCAAUUCUUAUUGAUCAUUGUGACAUAGCUAAGAUGGAUUUAGCUCAUCAUCGGUCUCGAAUCACUAUCAUACCCCAGGAUUAUGCUCUCUUCAACGGAACUUUACGCUUUAACCUUGAUCCGGAAAAUAGAUACUCUGACUUUCAUUUGUGGAAUACAAUCAGAUCCACAGAGAUGUUGGACUUUAUUCAAAGUUUUCCCAACACUCUCGACUUCAUCAUCGAUUCCGACGGAGUGGGAUUAAGUGUGGGCGAGCGCCAAUUGAUUUGCACCCUUCGAGGGCUCCUCACUGAAAACAAGGUGGUGAUCUUGGAUGAAGCCACUUCAGCGUUGUCAAAUUCAAUGGAGAAUCGUAUUCUCAAAUCUGUGAAUGGUCACUUUGCUGAUUCUACUAUCCUCACCAUCACUCAUCGAGUUCAUAAGGUCUUGAAGUGCGACAAGAUUCUGGUCAUGGAUUCUGGCCGGGUGGCCGAAUUCGACUCUCCCUCUCGGCUUCUCAAUAACCGACAAUCAAUGUUGUAUAGGAUGCUCAAUAAUCCAUCCCGGGAUAGCUUAAAUUCAACUUAAACUUCUCAUUCAAUA